GUUGCACUACGCACAGAGGUUUUUCCCCUUCUGACCCUUUAUUCCUCCCGUGCGCUCCGCUCGCCAUCCUCGGCUCCCAGAGGUGCGCAGCUUGCUCGUCCGCGGGCGGGUCCCGCGCGGCUCCUCCGCGCGCUCGGUCUUUCGGUGUUGCAGGCAGCGGAGUGGGGGGAGGCAGCGCCCGGCGCCGGGCUCUCCUCUUCGCUGACUCUGCAGCUGACCCGCGGAGAGCAAGGGACGUGCGUGUCUGGCCGCCCCUGCCAAGCGGCCGGUUUCCGAGAAGACGCGGUCUGGCAGCACGGAGCGCUGUUUUGCACCUAACCGAGCUCAGAGAGUUCAAGAAAGAUAUUUGAAGGCAUGGAAUAUAAGUAGAAUGUGGUAAAGUGAUCGACUUAACUGGAGGGAAAUAAGAAACUUGCUAUUGUCAACUAAAUGGAAAAUUUGGAAAUCCAGGUGCCUGACUUCCUACAGCUUCUUUGCACUCUUUGGAUGGAUAAUAACCUCCUGGGACCGCUGUCCACAGAGCUCCCCACUAUUAGAUGGCAGUUCUCUGAACACAUCUGCCUCUUAUGACAUAUAAGAGUCCACUCGUGUUUUUAAUGGAUCAUUCCUACCCUGGAUUGUAUUGUAGGAAGUAUUCUGGAUGGACAGCUGCUGGAAACCCAUUGCCGUAGUCAGCUCUUCUUCAAUACUUAAGGAUUUUCCCUGGCAUUGAGUAAUGAGAAUUUCGAAACCACAUCUGAGAAGUACUUCCAUCCAGUGCUACUUGUGUUUGCUUUUGAACAGUCAUUUUCUAACUGAGGCCGGCAUUCAUGUCUUCGUUUUGGGCUGUAUCAGUGCAGGUCUUCCUAAAACAGAGGCAAACUGGCAGUUUGUAAUACGUGAUUUGGAAAAAAUUGACAAUAUUAUUCAAUCUAUACAUAUUGAUACCACUUUAUAUACUGAAAGUGAUGCUCAUCCCAGUUGCAAAGUAACAGCGAUGAAGUGCUUUCUCCUGGAGUUACGUGUUAUUUCGCUUGAGUUCAAACAUCAUGUCCUUAAUGAAACGGUGGAGAACCUUAUCUUCCUAGCAAACGAUCGUUUAUCUUCUAAUGGGGAUAUAACUGAAACGGGAUGCAAAGAAUGUGAGGAAUUGGAGGAAAAAAAUAUUAAAGAAUUUUUGCAGAGUUUUGUCCAUAUUGUACAAAUGUUCAUCAACUCUUGAUUGUAAUCGAUCCUCUUCAGCAUUUCUGCCAUUAACAAGCAUCUUCCCAGGGCUUAAAGGCAAUGAAACUCUCCACAGUUCACAUGGGCUGCCCAAACCAAUUUUUCUAACAAGAGGAUGAUCUGGAAUCUUGGAUCAGAUGAACUCUUGGAAAUGAAGGCAGAAAAAUGACAUUGAGUAACAUGAUGUCUAUGAACUGUCCUCCUACUUAUUUUGUUCACUUAUUCUUUAUUUAUUAUUGAAGUUGUACAUAUUUGUAGCAUAACAUAAAGUAUUGAAUAAAAUUGUGUGCCUUCUUUAUCCUUUGAAAUUGCACUGAUACUUACCCCUUUUAAGGAAAUAGGGGACAUUCCUUCAAGGGCAGGAGUUGAAUUACACAGCUGGUGGGACUGAGCACCACUGGGGCAGGUAAACUGUGCUCCAGCCUGCGAGGAACUGCUAACCACCAGCCUUCACUCACUUCUCCAGUGGGUGUCGCACAAGGAGGAAGAAUUGACUCCCAAUGAGAAAGGACAAAGAGGUGUGAAAUGGGUGCUUGACUCUGUAACGUCAUUAUUGAUCUAGAAAGCACCUGUUAUCAAAGAUAGUGUUUGAACCUGGCCUGUACUGUGCAGCAGUAAAUCUUAGGUGGGAGUGGCAAUAAUAAACCUUCACCGAUAGGUAGAAUCGUGUAUAGAGAACUCUUGGUUAUAAUGAUGUUAAUAUUUCAUGCUUUUCUGAGUGCAGGUGUUUUAUAUUUUCACAUUUUUUUGCCGUGUUUGUAUAUAAAAAAGAAAACUGCUGAUUUGUUAGAGCCAACAUUAUCUGAUAAAAAAUAAUUGUUUAUAUAUUUUUGCACUAUACUGUCUGAAAUUUUCAAGCUCUUUUUUAAUAAAACUAUGACU